AAAUGUGGACAUCUUAUCAAAUCGUCCAUAUGAAAAAGAGAGUUCAAACAAACCAUCAAAAAAUAACUCUUCAAAAUGGAUACGCAUCUUUGCGACGAGCUCCUCGAAGAAAUCUUCCGCCGCCUCUCUCCGCCGUCCUCCGCCGCGGUCUCCCUCGUCUCGAAGCGGUGUCGCCGCCUCCUCCGCUCCUCCACCACCUCCCUGUCCCUGAAUUUCCCCCCUCCCUACAACCCCACCACCAUAAAAUCCUUAUCCACUUUCCUCUCCCACCAUCCUUAUCUCUCCUCAAUCUCCCUCACCGGCGGCGCCGACCCUCUCCUCCUCGCCGUCACUGAUUCCUGCCCCAACCUCCGCCACCUCCGCCACCCAGGCGACCCAGUUUCCCCCUUUUCCCUGUACACCCUCUCAGCUUCCUGCCUCCAUCUCACCUCCAUCUCGGUUUCUCUCUCUAGACCCCUCUCCUUCCACUGGCUCCCCUGUUUCAAUUUACUGAAACGCCUCUCUCUUUCCUUCACCGGCCCCUCAAUUGAAGAUAAUAAUCUCGAAAUUGAAGAAAACAGAGACGUAUCUGAUUUGGAAUUGAAUUUGGAAAGCCUUUCUCUGCGUGGAAUUUCUGCCGGAGACAGUGCGUUGAGCUUUCUGUGGAGAAACUGCAGGAAUGUGAAGAAUUUGCAGCUCAAGAGCUGCGAUAGCGUCGGAGAUUACCCUUCGUUCUCGAAAUUUCUGAAAUUCUGGAACAAUUUAGAAGAAGUCGAGCUGAGAACUUCCAGAAGCAUCGUCGAUUUAGUUCUGCUGAAACUCGCCGCCGAUUGCUUAUCUCUGCAAUCGCUGCUAGUCCACGACGGCGGCAACAAAGAAGGCCUCCUCCACUUCAUCAAUCACACCAAAUCGAGCUUUAAAAAGAUCGAUUUGAGAUUGCCGCUCGAUCUCGAAAACGCCCAUUUAAUCGCGUUAUCCCAAAACCCUAAUUUAAAAAAUUUGAAAAUUCUACGGCUGGAGAGCUGCUGCCUCGUCACCGGGGAAGGGCUGAAAGCGGCGGUGGGGGAGGCGAUGGAGGAGCUCGCGCUGAUAAACUGCGACGUGGUGGAGAGGGAGGCCGGAUUGCUGGCGGCGCUAGGGCAGAAAUUGGGGAAUUUGAGGGGGCUGGAUUUGUCGCACAAUGAGAUGAUGGUUGGUAAGGAUCUUGUGUCGAUGGUGGUGUCGUGUGGUGGAUUGGAGGAGGUGAGGCUGAGGGGCUGCGGUCGAUUGAGCGAUGCGGCAGUGAUUGCGAUAGUGAGGAGCUGCCGGAAUUUGGAGAGAGUUGAUGUGAGCCGCUGCGGUGGGAUUGGAGGGGAAGGGGUGGAGGCGCUGGUGGUGAAGGCGGCGGCUUUGAGGAGAGUGGCGGUGGAGGAGACUAAACUAACUCCGCUUGCUAAGACGGCGGCGGCGAGGAAAUCAAAGUUGAAUCCCAGGGGGCACUCACAGCAUGCCCGGAAGAGGUGUCGAGCCUAAGGCCCGGGACGAGAUGGUGCAUCGCAGGUAGGAAGGUUGGGCCGGGCAGUCGGGGACCGGGAUUGAGGCCACAUUUGCCUAUUUGUAAACUGAGAAUUGUGAUUGUUAGUGUCUGAUCUGUAAAGUAUCACAUUGGCCUAGUUGUAAACUGUGAAUUGUUUUUGUUAAUGUCGGAAUCCUAAAUAUUGAUAUGAUACAUGAAAUAUUAUUAUAUGUUUGAUACC